GUCGUAUGCUUUAUAUUCUGUGACGACAGCUCCAUGCUGACUCUAACGAAGGCGGGCGCGGAGCAGCUACCAGGAAGUCCUUCCACAACAAACGAAGGCGGCCACCGAGAAGCUGUGUUUAAGACGCCAUUCCAACCAGCCGUGUUCGGGAAGUACAACGCCGGUGGCUGGGACUGCCCAGACCUUGAGUUAUUUGAAGGAGAUGGCGAGGUUCCUACCCAGGGCCUUCAGGAAUCAUGACAAGCUCCAAGACAGAGAUGCAGAUCUUGGCAGAUACAAGUAUCUCUGCGAAACACACACGUGGACAGGUGUGUGUGACAAUGGUGAGAACUGUUCCCAUUAUCACAAUCCUGAUCGUCUGCCAUACCUGUGGCUGAUUGAAGGGGACGAUGGAAAAUGGCGCAAAAGCCACGCCAGUGUUGUACUCGAGAAACAAUUUUGUGAACUUGGAGAUUUUAUAUCGAAGUUUCCUGAUGACUUCAGUGACUUCUAUGUAAUGUUAACUAAAGUGGAAAGUAUAGGAAUAAAUCCUUCAACUAUCCUCAGACGACUGUCAACGCCAUCAUAUGUAGAUGCAACGCCAGGAACUCCUCUCAACUUCUACACCCAGUGGGUGUGGUACCGGCAAGAACGUGAUGGCCCAUACACCCCCUUCUACCCGGGAGCCCUGCAGUACACUCUGGAGGAGAAGUACCUCAGUGGACAGGACAAGUACUACUUUGAGUUUGAACAGUUGCGCCUGAUGGUGGACAUGGUGAGCCUGGAACAAACAAAUCUGGACACGAAGCGAUCCUCAAAACUCAUUCGACGACCAAUCUUUGUACCCAGUGACAAAUCGAAGAUUCCAGAGAUGUACCCCAUGCUACUUCAUGAUCUUCCUGAGCACCUGCUUACAGUGCCAGACCACUGGUCUGCCGUGGAUCAUUUCCAGGACUUUGAGCUCGUUGAGCUGUCAAAAACCUCGGCGGAGUACAUCGCCGUCCAGCAACAGUUUCUCUCGACGAUGGACGAAAGAAAGCACCAGACCGUACACAUAUUCCGUGUACAAAACCCAGGGCUGUGGGAUAAAUACUGCAGUGCAAGACGCGCCAUGGCCGCUCGAGAUCAAAAGUCAGAACAUGUGGCCGAGCGUCCUUUGUUUCACGGAACCCCGACACUUGAGGCGGCCAUGGGCAUCUGCGCCAACAGCUUCGACUUCCGCAGGUCUGGAGAACAUGUGGGUACUACCUUGGGCAAGGGAGCUUACUUCUCCACCACAGCCAAGUACAGUCACAGCUACACACGUGUUCACACCCCAGUCACAGGCGACCCCCUGCGGUUCAUGUUUCUGGGAAGGAUCCUGGUGGGGCAGUACACACUGGGUGAUCCUUCUUACACUAAGCCACCAGUGCGUGACCGGCGGAGGUUGUACGAUUCGUGCGUGAACGAUGUGUCCAAGCCAUCCAUUUUCGUCAUCUUUGACCUGGCACAGAGCUACCCGGAGUAUCUGAUCCAGUACACAGAUGCUUCAGACAGGAGACGACAUCCACAAGUCCGCAGAGCAAUCUCAGUCCAAUCGCUAGUGGUGACCACGAGUCCAGUUGACACGACGCCAGGGAGAAUGAGUCGCGCGAAGUCUGUCGAGAUACUUUCAUUAACAUUUAACGUUUCUUCAUCGUCUUCGUCGUAUGAUGCACGUUCUCAUAAAAAAUCAACGUUUAAGCGGAAGAUAAAGAAGAUGUGUGUUAUUUCUUAAGGCCUUAGUGAGGGGGGAAAAUUAUUCACUUAAAUCUUUGUCUCAGUUUACAUUUGAACUACUUUCAUAACUGUUAGUAACAUGAGCAUUUUAACACUUAAAUAUUGCGAUAGUUGUAGAGAGAUCAAUGUCACUGUUAUCACACAGAAGUAGACGAUUUGUUUCCAUGACUUCGCUACGAGUACAGUUAUAGAUUAUAGCUUGACAGUUACACAUUAAAGUGUGAGAAUUCUGAUUAUAAAUUGACAGUUAUAGAUUAUAGUUUGAGUACUAAAGUUUAACGACUAUAGAUUACAGUUUAACAAUUAUAGAUGUGGAAUGAUAGUCAAAACUUAUUCUGUAUGCAGCUAAACCAUAUUUUACAUUCAACUUUUAUAUAAUUAUUUGAAGACCAACCUGCAGAUAUCAGUAGGCAUAGGCAAUAAAAACCUAACCUGUAAAUUUCAUCCAUAUAUUCAAAAAUACCGGUCGAAAUUACCAUUACGGACAUUUGCUUUUGCUGCAUAUUGUUGAAAUAAUUUUACACGAAAUAAGAAAGUUGCAAUAUAAUUGCAAGCACCAGUUAUGAUACCUCUUUUUCCUUUGACUUGAUCGGAUCUGAACAAAAAAAUCUUCUGCAUCAGUCUCCAGACUUGAUGUGAACUGGGAAUUCUUAGUGUGCUGCCAUAAUAAGAUAAAAUAUGAAACGAAAGAUGAUCUAAUAUUUCUAUGACCAUGGCGUCCAAAGGAUACUGAAAACAACUAUGUACAUUUACAAGUGGCUGACAGACAAUAUACAUUUCUGUGGCUUUAACCAAAAUGCCUCUCCAGAUGAAAUGCAGCUAUAUUAUUUAGCUAACAUAUAACUGCAGCUACUGUGUUAACAUUGUAAUUGUUACUGUUUGCUUCAUGAGUCUUAUUAUCAUUGAAAAGGCCUGAUAAGAUUUUUCUAUUCUCCUGAACAUUUCAAGGUUCGAGCUGUGCCUAGGAUUGUUCCACAAAAUAAACAUCCGAAUAAUAACAGUUGUGGGCACUAAAACACAUCUACAAUGACUAUAACUGUUUUUUCCGUUCUUAUUAUGUUU